CUGGAAUCAUGUUAAACAAAGCAGUGCUGGUGGAGUCGCUGCUGGUGUUCACCAUGGUGCUGUCGGUGCACGCGGUGGUGUGGGACCGGUUCUCCUGGUGCGCCGUCGCUUUGGCCGUCCAGGCCUUCUACGUCCAGUUCAAAUGGGACCGGCUGCUGCAGCUGGGGGGAGCCGUGUUCCAGUUCCGGGGGGCAGCCAACAGCGGCCUGCUGCCCGCCAGCAUGGUCAUCCCCCUGCUGGGGGUGGUGAUGAAGGAGAGGUGCAGGGCUGCCGGCAUCGUGUACUUCGAGCGCUUUGGCAUCGUCGUGGCUUCCACAGGAAUGCUGCUCGCUCUCUUCCUGUCCGUCUUAGCAGUUGGCAUCACCAAACCUGUGCCAACCAACACUUGCAUCCUGACUGGUAUUGCUGGCAGCGUAAUUAUCUACACCAUGAAACAUUCCUUGACUGUCUCAGAAGUGAUAGAGGUUCUAGAAGUGCUGCUCAUUUUUGUCUACCUCAGUAUGAUCUUGCUGUACUUGUUGCCUCGAUGUUUUACUCCCGGAGAAGCGCUGCUGGUUCUUGGAGGUGUAAGUUUUGUUCUCAAUCAGCUCAUUAAGCGUUCACUGAAUGUAGUCAAGGGCAGAGGGGAUCCCAUUGACUUCUUCCUUCUGGUGGCAGUUGUUGGAGUUGUUCUUCUUGGUCUUUUUUUCACUGUGCUCUUCGUUUUCAUGGAUUCGGGCACGUGGAUUUCCUCCAUGUUUUUCCACAUGAUGACAGCAGUGUUAGGCUUAGGGGUCAUCAUGCCUUGGCUGUACCGACUGAUCCACAGGAACCCUUUGUUCUGGCUGUUCCAGUUUCUGUUUCAGACACAGACAAGACUUUACCUUCUUCUGUACUGGACUUUCUUGGCUGCCUCAGCAUGUGGUGUGGUUUUCUACCAGAAUACCAAGAGAUCAUCUGAAUCUAAAAAACACCAGGCCUCGACUAUAACCAGGAAAUAUUUCCACUUCAUUGUUGUAGCUACUUAUGUUCCUGGACUGAUUUAUGACCGCCAGCUCCUCUACGUUGCUGCAGUGCUAUGUCUGGCAGUGUUUAUCUUCUUGGAGUACGUUCGGUACUUCAGGAUCAAACCCUUUGGACAAACCCUGAGGCAUUUGCUCUCUCUCUUCUUGGAUGAAAGAGACAGUGGACCUCUAAUCUUGACUCAUAUUUAUCUCCUCCUUGGCAUGUCCCUUCCAGUGUGGUUGUUUCCCAGAUCUUGUGCUCCUAAAGGCACCUUGCCUGGGGCAGGAGCACUGGUCCCCUACUCUGGGGUGUUGGCAGUAGGGGUAGGAGACACCAUUGCCUCUGUUUUUGGCAGUACAAUGGGGGAAAUCAAGUGGCCAGGAACAAAAAAGACCUUUGAAGGGACAAUGACAGCUAUUUUUGCUCAGAUCAUUGCUGUGGCUCUCAUUCUGAUCUUUGACAGCAACGUGAAUCUGAACUCCAGUUACGCCUGGAUUCUGGCAUCUGUGAGUUUGGUUUCUCUUUUGGAAGCUUACACUACUCAAAUUGAUAAUCUGCUCUUGCCUCUCUACCUCCAGAUCAUGCUCAUGGCAUAGAAGCACUUCCAGGGACAGUUUUCUCUGUUCCUAGAGCAAGGUACUAGAAAAUGGACUGUAAUGAAAGCUCAAAGCUGAUCUUUUGGUACAGCAGAGAAAAUUGUUGAGAACAGAAAUGAAAUAGACUUAUUUAAAAUAAAGGUUUUGAUUUGGUCUUUUUACCCCUGUGAAAAAUAGCCAGAUUUAUGUUCUAGCAGCAACAAAUAUAACUGAUAAAAACAGCACUUGUGUUUAAUAAUCCAAUUAAAGUUUUUUUUCUGGGUGCCCAGGGGAAGCAGAGGAAGAGGUAAGUCAAUUAGAGAGGAUAAAAUAAACAAGUCUCUCAGAUGUUGCUACCUCUGUACUGUACCUUGUUUUCUGUACUGAGUCCUGCACCUUGUGUUUGAUGUGUGAGCUCUCAUUUCUGCAUAAGCACAAUGUAAAACAUGUUUGAUAAUGAGGGGUGGGCACAGGAACCAGGUACUAGUGUCCAGCUAUGUGCAGUCCUGAUCAGCAAGAGCCAAAACCACACCAUGAUGCACAAACACAAUUCCAAGAUCAGCAGCUGCCACAGCUGAGGUGUCCAGGGUGGGUGGUGAAGGUUUGGGAAUGUCAGACAUUGCUCAUUCCAGACCAUGCUAGUAAGAACAGUGAAUCUUUAGUCUUGAAGUUUGCUUCAGCAAGAAAAAUGUUUUAUCUUUCUCAAGAUUUAAUACCUAAUUUGGAAUGAAUAUGAGGGGGGAAGUUUAGCAAAGUCACAGCUAGAACUAAUUACACAUUAAUCCUGAGAGCAGAAAAUCUGUUGAAGUCAAUAAAUUUUCUAUUAUUACA